AUGCAGUUGAAUGGGCCAAGAUACGUUCUUCACUUUCCAGAUUAUAAAAUAUUAAAAUCCCUGAAGAAAAAGGGCGCAAAGACAAACAAAAAGUUAGAGACCUCCACGACUCAAAGAUAUUAUAAUAACAAGAUGGACAAUGAAGUUUUAGAAGACGCCAUUGAAGAACCCAUGUCUCCUCUCUCUAACGGAGACAUUGCAUUGUCUCCACUCUGUGACCACUACAACGAUCAGAUGAGGAUUGAUUCUCCUCCUACUUGUUCUGAUGAAAAAAUCAUCGAGUCUUUGUACCAAAACCUCUUUAGCAUUGUCCUCUGUCUUCAAAUAGAGGAGUCUGGUAAUGGUUCCGACACACCUCUGUCUCCGCCUUGCCCUGGAGCUCCAACGAAGCUUACAAGGUUUUCAAGAAACAAGGAUCCAAGAUUCCAAAGAAAGCUCUUCUGACAUUGAUUUUUAACAUUGGAGCUGACUUUUAGUCUUGUUAUGUUGUACUCUCUUGUGUACUAUUUGUACUAAGUUGGAUUGUUUAUCUGAAAAUGUCUUUUAAAGAAAAUUAAAAACAGCACUUACCAUCCCACAAAAGCAACCAUAUGUUUGUUCCUAGAGAUCAGAGACUGAACCAACUCAGUUUUUAAUCAAACCAUAAAAAAAAAAAAACAAGCAAAA